AAACAUAACAUUAGAAGUGCUCAGUAUUUGAUUUUGAGCGAACACGAAGCAACAAAAUAUUAUUGAGAAUAACGUUCUGUUUAGAUACAAAACACAAUGCUGCGAAUUCCGGGGAUGCCCCUUCUGCCGGGCACGCUGUUCCGCGAUGUGUCGAAGGGUCACUAUCCCAAGCCGCAAUCGCUGUUCAACUGCCAGGGACUCAGCAUGCUGAGCGAUCGGCAGCAGCCGCCUGCCGCGGAUUCCGGUGGCGUUACGGUGGACAUCAGUUGUCCGCCCGUCGGGGCCUCCUCCAUAUACCCGCCUCGAUCGGGUCCCCGGAUGCCGCCCUGGCUGGCGUACGACAAGAAGGUGCUCUGCUUCAGCGCGUACUUCAAGCAGACCCUCCAGGAGGUCUACCACGCCCCCUACUUGGUGCGCAAGGUGAAGAUCUACUACUACCUCGAGGACGGCACUCUGGAGAUCUACGAGCCGCGCGUGGACAACUCCGGCAUUGUCCAGGGCUGUGUGGUCCACCGCCAGCGGGUGCAGAAGGCUCCUCCCUGCGACAACGAGUUCAUGUCGCUGAUCGACUUGAACGUUGAUCAGACGGUUCAGAUAUUCGAUCGCCAGUAUCAUAUCACAAACUGCGAUCAGUUUACCAGGGAUUUUCUCAACAAGCGUGGAAUAACUGUUCCCGACCCAGUGAAAUCUCCCUGCGAUCCCACGCAGACGAUUAGGGAACGCGAAGGAAAGCCGCGGGAAAACAAUUCAGGCCCGAAGAACCAUCCGUUUGCCCAGUUUCUCAAGUACGAUCGUCAAAUACUUAAGUUUCAGGCCUAUUGGGACGAUCGGACUGAAUUCGGCGACGUGCGAAAGUUGGAAGUAUGUUACUACCUGGCCGAUGACACCAUUGAAAUCAAGGAGCAGCACAUUCGCAAUUCGGGACGCGAUGGGCCAACAGUUUUCCUGAAAAGAGCGAAAUUAGCAAGGGAAUUCGAGGGCCUGUUGCUGCCAGGUCAGAUGACACCCAUGACGCUACUGAACGUUCUGGGCACGAACAUGCGCAAUGUGCGGUACUGCGUGGAUCCGCUGAACACGGGCAACAAGGAGAUCAACUACUACAGCGAACGCGACCUCCAGAUCGGCAGCGUGAUCAAUGUUUAUGGUCGGGCGGUGAUCAUCACCGAGCUGGAUCCGUUUACCCAGCAGUACUACCGCCAGAAGUACGGGAUCCAGGACUUCACACCACUGGCGGUGCCCACGCGCACCGACGACUGUGCCGAGCAUCGGGGAAACGAGCGGAUCCUGCCGCCCUUCAAUGGCUGGGGCAGCUACGAGGACUCCGUGGGCAACUGCAUCUCCGUGGAGCCGAAGCCGCCGAGGAGCGACUUCAAGAAGUUCAUCAAGUACGACCGCUAUGUCCUGCGCUUCGGCGCCAAGAUGCUCUCCACCAUAAAGGCGAACUGCGAGCGCAUCUUCGUGAUCAGCUUCUACCUGUGCGACGACACCCUGCAGAUCCAGGAGAUCGCCGUGCGCAACUCCGGCUUCCUGGGCGGCGAGUUCAUGAAGCGGACGAGGCUGGAGCUGCCGGGCCAGGAGAGGUUCUCCUGCAAGCAGCCGCAGUACUACAUGCCCUGGAACUUCUUCGUCGGGUCAACGAUGUCGCUGAAGGACUUCAUCUUCCACAUCGUGUCGGCGGACGAGUACACGCUGAUGUACAUGGAGCACCAUCCGGAGCAGUUCAGCCAGGCGAACGUGGUGCUGAUCAUGGAGAAGGUUCGCUGCGCCCUGCAGAAUCGCAUGGCCGAGUUUGUGGGUUCGUGUGUGCCGGACUGCCAGGAUUUGGAGAAGAAGCGCAACGUCUUCGUGUCCUUUGAGAGCUUCAAGGGAGCUUUAAUUGGCAUCAUUGGCAAUGCGAUCAGCGACCACGAGAUCAUCACUCUGUGCCGCCACUUCUCGGCGGAGAAGGGCAAUCCGAACACCUGCGACCGGGAUACUGUUCGGGCAGCAGCCCACCUGGAGCUGAAGCGAUCGCUGUGGAACGCCCGCGACGACCUGAUGGAGCACUUCCACCACAUCAACCCCACCAACCAGCCGUUCCUGCCGGAGUCGAAGGUGCGAUCCGCGCUCCGGGGAUGUCGCCUGCCCUUCUCCUUGGAGCUCAUCGACAACAUCCUCUCCAUCCUGAACCGCAACGAGUGCGACAAUAUCGAGGUCUGCGACCUGAUGAACUUCAUCGACGUCUCCUGCGGCAAGGGAUGCAACAUGCUGCCCGUGAACCACGCCUUCGAGCUGUGCCCCAAGAUCCCCUUCUUGUCCAAGGGCCGAUUGGUGAACUUCACCUGUUUCCUGCGCGAGUUGAACCUGCCACUCAAUCUGCCAACGGGAAGCGAGAACAAGAACGACACCAUUGGGGAGGGCAGGAUCCUCCCGCCGACUGGAAACCCGGAGCCCGAGUUCCAAAAGCGAGACAAUGUCCACGAGGGAGAAACUUAGUAGUAGUAGUAGGACUGAACGCUAGUUUAUAGAAACCAGAAAAUGUAUUUGCCUAAGCACACAAAUUAUGUUCUAAAUUGUUGGUUGUAAAUCAAUUUUUUGAAAUUAAAAUUGAAUAGAUUGCAAA